AUGGCCAGUCACCAUGCGUUCCUUAUAGCUACUGUAACGCUAUUCGGUAUACUAAAUACUUUCCGCGUUGCGGCCAAGGUUUUGAACCAAUCGCCUGCCAAAGAAUCCAGCAACAGAUGCAUUUAUAAAUUUGUGGUUCCAGCAAGCCAGUCGCCGAUGGAAUCGUGCGUACAGACAGAGGAGCUAGCUGAAAAACUCGAACGACUAGCAGAUGAUGUGUAUGAAUUGAAACGGAUGCUUAUAUCACCGCCAAGCAGCAGUAACCUGAAUGAUGGCUCAAGACUAUUAGAUUGUCAAGAUGUAUACAGCGCGGGACUGCGGAGCAAUGGGGUUUAUGACAUCUGGCCAUUAACGGCGCCCUACCCAAUUAGUGCAUACUGCCAGUUUUCUCGAGGCACAGGAUGGGUGGUUUUCCAACGACGUUCGGAUGGGUCUAUCGAUUUCUUUCGAGAUUGGAUUGAUUACAAGGAUGGCUUCGGGGACCUCUCUGGAGAACACUGGCUGGGAAACGAUAAUCUUCAUUACAUAACCCAAGGUAACGGGAGACUCUACGAAAUGCGUAUAGAAUUAACAGACUGGGGAAAAGGGAAAGCGUCUGCGCUGUACAGCGGCGUUCAGGUCGGUGGAGCUACACAGAAGUACGAACUAACAUUGGGGGCAUUCAUGGGUGGGACUGCUGGGGAUUCCAUGUUGCAUGUCAGUUCAAUAGCCAUAGCACACGGCCAGUCUUUCACUUGCAGAGAUUUAGAUCAUGACCAAGCCCCUGACUCGAAUUGCGCCAAUGAUUAUGAAGGAGCUUGGUGGUACAAUAAUUGUUUUAAAGCAAAUCUCAACGGAAAGUAUUACAAUGCAAACGAGAAGCAUCCCAAAUGGCAUGGCAUACUGUGGACCUCCUGGCUCGGGGCAGAAUAUUCCCUUAAAGAAACUGUUAUGAAACUUAGGCCGUUAGAGAUUUAGUUUGAAGUCGCAAUAACAUCGAUCGUUCUUGUUUCACCAUUGACUAUCAAGGCAAUAUUUUUUGGUGUAAAAAAAUGGUGAGGUGCCUAAUCACGCAAGUGAUUAUUUGAAUGCAAAAAAUUAUACAGCUGUUAUUAAACUAACAUUUAUUUGCAUAUUGAAGACUACGCAUCAAUGCUAUUUGAACUUUUAUUUAUAAUACUAUACUAUAUUACAGAUUGGGAAUGUUUUAUGACUGUAUUACACACCCAGCUGAAACAAGAAAACGUAUAUACGAAAAAAAGGCCCAACACGUUUUACUAACAAUAUUUUGGAAUAGACAUAUUUCAGCUUUGUGUAUUUGUUUUGCUUGCCUGUUUUGUUUGCGUUCAUGAAUUAUAUACGUUCGAUCGUUUUUUAUGAUAUGUACUAUGUAUGUUGUAGGAUAUACUGUGUGUGUAUGUUGUCAUUG